UGUACAUGGUACAUGUUCACUGUACUCCGCCGUCUGUAACCUGUGCAAAAUUCCUUUUGGUCCUUGCUCUAUGGAUUAUUCUACCCAACAAGGCCGAGUCUUGACAAUAAUUCCAUCAUGAUUGAUAGCAUCAUUUGCUGAGAUAAUGAGGAUAUGUGCUGUCACCACCUGCAGUAACAGUACCUUUCAUCUUGAAAAGUGGAAACAAAGACAAUGUAUAAAACAUGGAUGCCAUUUUGGUUUUGGAGCUUGCGAUUGUGAGCCUCCUUUCUAUCUGUAUACAUUCCCAACUGAGAGACGUGAUGCUGAUGCGAGACGCCGUUGGAUCAAGCUAAUCAAUAGGAAAGAUCCAAAAACAAACGAGAACUGGGUUGCAAAAUCAUUUGAUCGGGUGUGCUCUAGACACUUUCCCGAUGGCAGGCCGACAGCAGCACAUCCAGACCCUUGUCUGUACCUUGGGUAUGAACCUAGUCCAGGCCCACCCUCUACUUUAAGACGCCCGCCUACUAAUUCACCGCUCAAUCCAGCCACAGAACAUAAAAGGAGAAAGAAGUUGGAUUCUGGAGAAAUCGUCUUAGCACAGCAGGGUGAACUUGACGUCGAUUAUGCUCAAUACACAUUUUCCCAUGACCACAACUACACAUGCAACUGCCAGUCAAACUGUGAAUGCCCAGGAUGUGCCACCACCAAAAAAGGAAAAAUACAAAGUCUGGAGAAAAGAGUCCGGGAACUUCAUGACCUUGUUGCUUUGAAAGUAACGUCGAAGAGAAAGCCUCAACAUAAGAAGCUGUUGCAAACGCCAUCCUAUACCUCAACAAAUAAUGAUCUAGGUGCAGACCUAUGCUAGUAGUACCGAUGGGUGACUUUGGAACGCUAGGUAGCACCAGUAACUUUCCCUUGUUUGCGUAGUUCUGAGCACGUGCACAUUACCGAGACUAAUGGAUUUACCUGGUAAAAGUCUGCUGCCAUAGCAUCACAAAAGUCCCCCAUUCGGAUACAGUGUGAGGCCGUGUCCGAAACGUCGACUUUGGCUACAGCUUCGGCUAGAUCGCUAAUCGCUUGCUCGCUACCCCAUUAGCGUGUAUUGUGGCAGUUGUUAUUGAAAAUAACUUGCAUUUUGAUGCUGUCGGUUUUUUGUUUGUUAACGUUAUCCUUGAAUUAUGGUUUUAAUAAAAAGACUCAUUGAGAAAUU